AUGGACAAGCUCACAGCUACCCAUGACCUAGCGCCGCGCGCUCCCCUUGGUGACAAGGGAAAGCGAGGCAACAGCGUACCUCCCAGAUACCGUUCUCACGCUACGAAGACCUACGAGAGUGACUGCAAAGAGAAUGUUCCCAACGUGGUCGCCGAAGAUGAUUCGGUUCCUAGGAGGCCCAAAACGGUAACUCGGCCUCUGUCUCAGCCACCCGUCGAUCCGCGCCUCUCCGUCAUUUCGCAAGCCUCUCGGGAUCAGAACGCAUCGAAGCGUGAUUCCCAGGUUUCCAACGCAUCUGCCUCGACAGCGCGUUCCAACGACUCCAAAAUUAAGACGCACAUUGGGCCGUGGCAGCUUGGCAAGACCCUUAGCAAGGGCUCGUCAGCUCGCGUGCGGCUUGCGCGCCACCGGCUGACCCACCAGUCCGUCGCUGUCAAGAUCAUUUCCAAGAAGACUGCAUACCUGUCUCAAGCUGGCAGCAUCGCACAGCUCGACAAGGUGGAGAGGGAAUUGCCAGAAGCAGACGAUGGAUUUCGCCGGUUACCUGUGACCGUGGAGCGAGAGAUUGCGAUCAUGAAGUUGAUCGAGCAUCCAAACAUCAUCAAGAUUCUUGACGUCUGGGAGAACCGGAAUGAAAUUUACCUGAUUCUCGAAUAUUGCGACAGCAAGGACAUGUUCUCAUAUAUCAACCGAUACGGGAAGAUGAGCGAGCGUGACGCGGUCUACGUCUUUCGACAGAUGAUGAGCGCCAUGGAGUAUUGUCACUCCUUUAAUAUUUGCCACCGGGAUCUCAAACCAGAGAACAUCCUACUCUCGCAUACGGGUGAAGUCAAAAUAAUCGACUUCGGCAUGGCCGCGCUCCACCAAAACGACAAGAAACUGCGCACUUCCUGCGGAAGUCCUCACUAUGCUGCUCCGGAACUUCUCAAGGCCAAGACCUAUCGCGGAGACAAGACAGAUAUCUGGAGCAUGGGUGUCAUCCUGUUCGCCAUGCUGGAGCAGAAACUUCCCUUUGAUGACGAACACUUGCCUACAAUGCUGUCAUUGUCGAAGAGGGCACUCUACAUCAUGCCUGAUAGUUUCAGCCCUGAUGCCAAAGACAUGAUCAAGCAUAUUCUUGUGACUGAGCCGGAUAAGCGCAUCUCAAUUCGCGAGAUGUGGGACCACCCACUCAUCAAGAAAUAUGACAAGUUCCCUGGUUUCGAGCAACAUCGGAGACAGCCUGUAGACAUGAGAGCGAGGUCAAAAGAUACCCCCAUCAAUGCUCGCGACAUCGAUCCCCAGAUCCUGCGGCCGCUCCGUGCCAUGUGGCACUCUGCCGACGAGAAGGAAAUCACGUCCAAGCUUUUAAGCAAGGGGCCAAACGAGCAAAAGCUCUUCUACCACCUUCUCGUGAGCCACCGAGACCGACUGUUAGAGAACUACGAUCCCGACCUGGUCCACUCCACAAGCGACUACCAUCAUCUACGUCCGCCGGCGUGGACAACACGCGUCUCAACCCGUCAGUUCAAUGUUCAGGGGCGAGCACCAUCCCGCUUCACUGUGAUAUCGACUGUCGCCGACACGGAAGCCGGUGGCACGGAUGGGAACUGGAUCUUCGUCGCUGGCAAGGAGGAGAGUGAACCCGUCGAUUCGCUCGCGCACUCCAACCAACAAGGACACGGCGGCGAUAUCCCAGCAUCUGCCAGCAUUGCGGGUGAUCAGUCGACAUAUGACAGGGACAACACCUCGCCAAAUAGCCCUCGAAAGAAGAUCAAGAAAGAGCACGACUCGACAUACUCGCUCCGUCACAUUGGCGCUUCCGCUUCUGCUAUAGACGAAGAGAUCACUCAUUUCAGCAACAGCAUUGCCAGGGAUUGCGAUGAUGCCUUCAGCAGCUCGCUUAUCGGCUCGCCUUCUGACACUCUGGAUAGGGCCCGCACAAGCCUUACACCCUUUUCUGUUGACUUCGUCAACGCCGAGCACACGAUCCGAAUUGUGGAGUCUCCUACAGCGAUGAAGUCGGCAGGAUCUUCUAUCAUCCCUAGGCCACUCAACGUCCGCAAGAAGUCCACAAAUGCUUCGGUCGACACAGGCGAGGUGCGAAAGACACCACAAGAGUCGGAUGGUCAAAAGAAACACAGUUUCCACAGCCGGAUGCCGGACCUGCCCGAAGAGCCGACGACGAAUGGUAGGUCAAGCAGCAAUGGUUCGUCUAUCGGGCCCAGGAAGAAACUGUCGACAUGGUUCAGACGCAACUCGAGGGCCAAUUCAAAGGGCGAGAUGGAUGAGACUCCUGAUACUUCGGUGGUGAGCGAGGAUCAGCCGCGUGAGACAACGGCAGCCGUCGCCAAACCUCAGCGAUUCGAUUCAUCCUCUAGUGGCAUGCCACCACCUACUCUGGCCGCUCAGCCCUCCAAGAAGAAGAGCUUCAUGUUCUGGAAGACCUCGAAGAGCGAUAAUCGAAUGUCGAUCGCAGCCCCAGACUAUGAAGACGAAACCACGAGCUUCGAUGCCACCCAUCGCCUCUCUGGAGCCACAUCGCUGACCCAGGACGGCUAUGGUGACAGUGCUGAUGCUGUCGCGCGGAAGAUCGAGCCCCGACAGAAUUGGCUGGCACGUCUCUUCCGUGUCAAGCCUUCCAGGCGUUAUCUUUGCCUGCAAAUGUCGCGCCGUCGCGCCCGGCAGGAGGUUACUAUCCUGCUGCGGGAGUGGCGCAAAUGGGGCAUACGAGAUGUCGAGGUUGACAAGGAGCGCAACAUUGUGUUUGCGAGAGUGGGCAAGAAGAACUUCCUGAACAUCAAGGAGGUUCAUUUCGCUGUCGAGAUCAUCACAGUGAUUGAGCACGGCAAGCGCAAUCACCUCAGCAUUGUCCGCUUCACACAGGAGAAGGGGGCCGCGAGCAGUUUCCACAAAGUGGUCGACACGAUGCACAGCGUCUUCACGAGCCGUGGCCUCCUGGUCCAAGACAGCAGAAAGGCCAAGAUGAUGAUCAAGACGCUCAACUCUUGA